CUUUUCUAAUAAUUCAGACAAUUUGUUUAUAUUAUCACGAUGGAUGACUUCCAAAACCAACCUAACCAAAGCUCCGAGAUGACGACAAUGCUUCCAGUGAUUUCUAUCAAAGUAAAUCCGAUUUCUGAGGAAGAAAUUGAGGCUGAUAGAGACACAGAAGCAAUUAUAGAGUUUGUUAAAGUUGAUUGCCGAACAAACGAUGGACGCGAAAUCGACCAAUAUGUUGAUGAUAUUGAAGACGAAGAUGAUACACAUUUAUACCAAAACAGUAUAUACGACGAUUCUGGAAUCAAAACUGUUACACGAGAUGAUUCCAAAGAAAAUUCUCGCAACCAGGUGGAAUUUUUGGAUGAAUUUAGGCCAAUUGGAAUGAAAAGUAACGAAAGAUCGGUUUAUAUGACUAAUGUACAAACCAGUCAGUUUAUAUCUGCGGUACGAGAACACCAGUGUCUGUGGAAUCCGAAAUCGAAAGCCUUUAAAAAUAAGCAAAUUCGAGACCAUGCAUGGCGGGAGAUAUCCAAAUUAAAUGGCUUGGAAGUUAAGAAGCUAAAGUAUAAAUGGGCUUCUUUAAGAGGAUCCUUUCGACAUUACAUGUCGCUAGCGAGAGCAAGCAAAACUAUGAAUAUGGAUGAAAGGUAUAAUAUACAGUGGCCCUUUUAUGAAAAAAUGUCAUUUGUGAAAGGAGAUGGUGACUUUGCUAAGAAAAAAUCCAGUAUAUUUCCUGCAAAACCCACCGUGUCUUCUAACUCUUACGAUCAGCAAACGGCACAGACAACAAAUCAACAUGAGGCAGCCGCAAAAAAACUCACGGCUGGGACAAUCGAUUCACCAAGAAUAUUGAAAAUAACCCGCGAGCCACCGUUUGCCUCCGUUCCUCCAAAACCCACUCCAGCUGCACACGUUCCUAUCAAAAAGCAAAAAUGGGAUGAGACAAGCAGCGACCAGUACUAUGACAAAAUAAAGACAUUUGUAGACACCAGCAAACGACUUUCGGAUAUGAAAGUUGAUCACGACGUCAUGUAUCUUGCUGGGUUGUAUGAAAAAUUGUUGAAGUUUUCCCCUAGAACUAAACAGAUUAUUAAAUGUAAAAUUGAUCAACUAGUAAAUGAUCAGAUAUUAAAAAGCUUAGAAAACUAAUCAUCUAUGUA